CGCGUCCUACGAGUAUAAUAAAAUAAAUUUAAAAAAAUUUAAGAGAAGAGAUUAUAAACAGUUUGCAAAAUAAAAAUUGUACUUCCUUCGUUUCGGUUGUGUUCAUUGUGCUUUAUAAUUUGUCGAAUAAAGACAGCAGUGAAAACAUGAGCAUGUUCAAGAGAUAUCAGAGUAAAGUGUUCUGGGAGCAAAUGGCUUUGCACGAUCUGCAGAACGAUCGUUCACAUCACAUUUUUAAGGAAAGCCUCCGCGAAAACGAGAACGAAGAAGAAGAGAAUUCCACCAGUAAAUCGGAAAACGAUACGAUCGAUGGUGCAAAUAUUACCGCGAUACGUGUCAGCAAUAAGAGCGAUGAGAGUCCAAAACAGGACGUGUGUCAAAUAUCGUUGACACACGAAGAAAGUAUUGUACAUCAUAGAAUGGCAGAAAUGGACGGACAGGAGGAGCGCAAAAUUACUGGAAACAGAUCCUGUAGCCCUUUAAGCCAAGAUUUCAGAAGCCAAGAUUCUGGAUUCUCCGAUUCCGAAAGAUCAGACUGCUCAGAAGCAUAUGAAAACGUGACCCCACGGCGGAAAUUGAGAAGAAGAACGAGGCGACAGAGGAGGAUGCAGUCGAAGGGAAUUGCCUCGUCGUGGUUAGAGGAGGGAUCUCCCUCGAUGCCAAAGCACACGUCCACGCCGAAGCAUUCCAGGACAUUCGUGAAAGAUCGUUUCAAGCAAUCCGCGAGGAGUCUAUCACGGGGAGAAAGGAUCAAAGAGGAGCGGAGCGAUGCGUCAAAAGUAUCCGUUUCACUGGACGACGAAUGUUUGGGAGAUUUUCUUUACGCAUCCGAACCGCCGGAGGAUAGCGUUCAGCUGUCUUCGAUAACGAAAUCGUUUAGCACAGACUCCGCGGCAGACGCGAUCGCUGCCGGCAAGGAGGUGCUGAAUUCCAGAAAUUAUCGUCAAUCGUCGUCCAUGAGAGCGUGGUUGACCGAUCUCGCUAUGGAGACCGAAAACGAAUGCAGCAGUACACUGCAGAGCAAGAAUAUUCCGCGAAGCAGGAUGGCGUUUUCCGGCGGGAUUCACGCGCGAGAUCUCAAAAUGUUGUCCUCUGCAGCUGCCGCUGCGAGCAAGCUCCUAGUCAGUGCAAAACGUUUCGAGCAACAUUAUCACAGCAUCGUCGAGAAGAUAACACGGUUGGAAGGCGGCAAGUCUGAAAUGGAGCUGCUUCGCAGCAUAGAGGAGGCCGCUUUCUCGAUCCUUUCUCAGUUAGGGGCACCUCCUCCUCGCAGGAUUCAGCAAGGUAGUCUGAGGAGCAUACUCGCGCAGUUGCAAAGUAUGAAGACAUACGUCGACGGCACUAUCGACACGCGUUUAGACUUCUACAUCGAGAAAAUAGUCCGCGGUCUGGAAGAGACUCCACGGCAAGACGACAGCGUAGCUAGAGGAGCUCUAGCGGCCCUUUCGGCUUUAGGAUCAUCGAAUCUUCGCGCAGAAAGCAGCAUAGCCCGAUGUUCCGGUAUAAGGGCUCUCCUGACGUGUCUUAUCGACGGCGAUCGAGCGCCUUCAAACGACCUCGUCGCUAUCACAUUACGCGUUCUAGCCAGCAUAUGCAAUUCCGCGACAGCGAUCGAGUACUUUGCUCGAGACGGCGGUCCCGAGAUUUUGAGUGAUCUCCUAAACAUAGAAUCCUCUUCCGAAAGGGAAAAGACUGAAGCUACCGCCUUAAUAGUGCAGAUCACGGCACCAUGGACCGACGCGCGGGGUCUGCCAUGUCUCGAGCCUUUCGCGAAUUCUUUAAUUCCGGCGUUGAACCGAUUAAUCGAGGGCACUGAUUGCGUUCAAACAUUGCUGCUAGCCGCCGCGGCGCUAAAUCACUUGUCCAAGUCGAGGCUAUGCGCCGAGAUCAUACUGCAGCAGGACAGUGUGAGGAAACUCUUGCGAAGCGUGAAGAAAUCUGUCGGCAAUAACGUCUGUUUGAUGGAACAGGUCGCCGCACUAAUUGGCGAAUUGGCGCGCGUUCCAGAAGGUCGGUCGCAUCUGGCUGGAGCGCGAGCCUCCGUGGCGCUGGUCUCCUUUCUCCGUAUGAGACCACCGGGUUUGGAGGACGCAUACCAAAAGCUGGAGAUUACCGCGGCGGCCGCGCUGACCAGACUCUGCGUGGAACCGGAAAUUGCGAGGCAAGUGAUCGCAGUCGGUGGCGGAGAUUGUAUGACAGGAUCAUGCAGAAUCAUCAACAACAUCCCAGCAAAGGAGGAGGAGGAGGUGCAGGUCGGAGCAGGUUUCUUAAAAUACACCAGGUCGUUGAGACGAGCGUGUAAGAAGGCCGCACAGCAAAUCAGAAUUGCAAAGGCAAAGGAUCACAGCACGCUGGACUGAGGAAAAAGGUCUGGAAAAAGGAAAAU